UCGGCCGGUCUGCAGCCGCCGGCGACAGUGCGCAUGUGCGGUUGCCGGCCGUGCUGGAGGCGGCCUUGCGCGGGGUGCCGGCGGUUGCGGUUCCGUCAUGAAGGACCGGCUCGGCGACCUGCGGGCGUACAAAGAAAAUUAUGAAGAUGAAGUGACGAUUACUGUGGAGAAGGAUCAUUUCAUGGAUGAGUUCUUCCAGCAGGUUGACGAAAUCCGGGGGUACAUUGAUCGCAUUUCUGACAAUGUGGAAGAAGUGAAGAAGAAGCAUAGUAUCAUUCUAUCAGCACCCAACCCUGAUGGCAAAACCAAAGAAGAACUUGAGGAGUUAACACUCUCGAUCAGAACAGCAAACAAAGUCCGAAAUAAGCUAAAAGUAAUUAUAGAACAAAGCAUUAAAGAUGAAGAUGAUGACCACGGUUCAGUAGAUUUAAGGAUACGGAAAACUCAGCACUCAACUCUGUCCCGAAAGUUUGCAAAUGUGAUGACAGAGUACAACGAGAUUCAGAUAUAUUUCAGAGAACGCAGCAAAGGGCGGAUCCAGCGUCAGCUUGAGAUCACUGGGAGGACAACCACUGACGAUGAACUGGAAGAGAUGUUGGAGAGUGGUAACCCAUCUAUUUUCACAUCUGAUAUCAUAUCAGACACUCAGAUCACCAGGCAAGCUCUUAACGAGAUUGAGUCACGGCAUAAGGACAUCAUCAAGCUGGAAGCGAGUAUACGGGAGCUGCACGACAUGUUCGUGGACAUGGCAAUGUUAGUCGAACAACAGGGUGAAAUGGUUGACAACAUUGAGACAAAUGUGGUGAACGCCACCGAAUACGUCGAGCGAGCAAAAGAAGAGACGAAGAAAGCCAUGCGGUACCAGAGCAAAGCUCGGCGGAAAAUGUUCCUGAUCGUGAUUUGUGUUGGGGUUCUCCUAGCGGUUAUUGCAAUUAUCAUAGGAGUGUCGGUUGGAUUGUAGCAGCCCCCCCCCCCCCCCCCCCGGGACAGGUAACUGGGAGGGCUCACUCCACGCCCCGUUCCGCAGAAUCGGUGUGCCCACACUGGCUGAGUCCCUCACACUGCUGCGGUCUUGGUUAAGUGAUGACACAACAACUAAAUGCGUAAAGAGUUGCUUGUGAGAUGCUUGAUACCAAAGCGAUUACUGCCAUUAAUUGACUAGUUUGUACAAUACUUAAGCAUUUUUAUAUCAUUUAAAUAUUUUUUUUAAGUUAACGACUUGCUUUGGAAACUGUUUACAUGAUAAAGGUUCCGUUGAUUUACAGUGUUGAUCUUGUAGUUGCCACUUGAGGAAAUCCUGAACAAUGGUUGGUUGGCACAUAAUCCACACAAAGUGGCAAGUCAGUCCAACAGCCACACGCACACCCCACUCCAGUCACCCGGCCUGUGUGAACGAACACACACACACACACACACACACACACACACACACACACACACACACACACACACACACACACACACACCCCACUCCAGUCACCCGGCCUGUGUGAACACACACACACACCACUCCAGUCACUCGGCCUGUGUGAACACUCAGACAGCCACACACAUUCACAGAUACUCGCACACACAGAGCAAGAAACAUGCUGAAAACCCAUAAUGUUGGGAAUGCCUUGCCGAUAACUGGAAAUGACAAAGGUCACGCUGAGUUCCAGCUCCAGCCUCAUUUGUGACCAGGGCUCACUAUGGGACGUGCUCUGGUGAAAUAUUUUUUGCCCCAUUGGUCUUUGUUCAACGGUUAAAGGACUGUUAACUCUCAAUGAUCUGGGUUAUGGAUUCCACAGUAAGAGCUAGUGGGAGCUAGGACUUUUAUUGAGAGUUGAGUCUUUUGAUUACGAUGUGCAUUCAGCUCCUGUGGCACCACUUAGUUGCACUUUUUUUUGAAAAACUCUAGCAAACGUAAGGAAUAAUUGUACUUCAUAAAUUCUACUCCAGCUUGUGUUUACACAAAUUGAAGGAAAAGCCAUUCUGAUAGAUAUCUUGUGCAUUACAGCUUGUUACACCUUCACCUUUAGACCAGGUGAGAAUGUCACUGAUUUUGGAAUGCCUGUGUAUAUCUGUUGGUGCAGAUUAAAUGUUUAAAUUUAUAUGUAGGUUAAGUUUUAGAGGCUUAGACUGUGCACAAUUGUUUUAAAAGAAAAUUCCAAAAGAAAUUGGAUUCUUUUUAACUCUCUUGUAAAUAUGACAUUUACUGCUUUACUAAUCACUCUGUGCAUUACUGUUUGGUCAACACACAAAUCAAAUUAUUGUAGCAGCAUUCUGAAACUUGGAGACGGUCCCUGUGUCACGUACGUUAUCACUAUUUCGCACAAACCUGGUUUUCAAGUUGUACUUUUUUUAAAAAAACACAUCUUUUUCUUCCACAAGUUGUGCAGUCUUUUCUGGAAGACAAUAUUCUUCUCCCGUUUUAAAAAAAACACACAAAUCAAACGUGAGAAUUGUGAGAUUCUGUGUUGAUGUUAAGGCCUAUAAUUUAACAUUGUACUGCAUUACUAUUUGGAAAUGUAAAUUAUGUUUGUUAAAUUUCAGAAUAAACUAAUAUCAAAAUUAU